AAUGCUGUAAAGCCAACAUUUUCACAUUAGUUCGACAGCAGACACUUGCUAGCAUAGAUGCUAACCAACACUGGGAACAGACGAGUUCUUAUUUUGGCCGAGGAUGUCUUUGAACGACGAGGGUUAUGUGGUCCGAAUCAGAGGACUUCCCUGGUCCUGCACACAGGAGGAGGUGACCAGUUUCUUCUCUGAUUGUGACAUCGUGGGAAAAGUAAAUGGAGUGUGUUUCACCUACUCUAAAGAAGGCCGACCCAGCGGUGAGGCAUUUAUUGAACUGAAAACAACAGAGGAUUUCAAGAAUGCUCUUGCCAAGGACCGUAAAUACAUGGGACACAGAUACAUAGAGGUGUUCAAGUCGAACCGUAGCGAGAUGGACUGGGUGCUGAAACGCAGUGGUCCUGCUGAUUAUGACAGCUGCAGUGGCUGUAUGCUGAGGUUAAGAGGACUACCCUUUGGCUGCAGUAAGGAGGAGAUUGUCCAGUUCUUUUCAGGUACAUGGGCACAAAAACAUUUGCUUUUUAUCUAUGUGUAUUUGUAGUAAAUUUUAAUACUAUAUUAGUUUUUGUAUACUUAAUUAUUUAUGCUUAGUUUUUUGCAGUUGAUACCAUGGUCUAACUGUGCUGCUGUGAAAGCAAGAAUUUGAGCAAAAAAUUUAACAAAAUCAUUAAAAGCAACUUAAACAAGUAAA